AUGGCGUAUGCAUUCCGCCAUCGAAUUGCUCCCGUCAGACAGCAGAUCCAAACCCUCAACACCAAGCCGCAACAAGAACACGGAAUCAUCGGGAAAGCGUUUGCUCAAACGAACUCCGCAUGCGGCAAUGGUUUGCACUUUCGGCAGAACCAACGAAAAUCCAGCCAUCCGCUGUACACGAACAAACUCGCGUGCAUAUCGCCUCAACGCGAACAUGCAUGCAGCCUCCCUUUUGCGCACAGCGUGUCGAACCACGGCAAGCUGCGUGUAACUCGAGAGCGCAAAGCGACCACCCAACCCCUCUCCGAUCAGCACGGCGUCGACGUCAAUGUGAUACUACCUGUCUCGCCGGAGCCUCUCACAGCCCGUCGGCGCGCCUCAGCAUCUGCACGUCCUAGGAUGCGCGCUGCAAACCCGCGUGAACGUGAACGUGAACGUGAACGCGGUUUUCCUUUCGCACCUCGAUCGCGUUCGGUGGCGUCGCUCUCCGGCGUGCUCCUAGCCAAUCUCCACGCCCGCAUUGACCGGUUUCAUAUGCAGAAAGCAGUUUUGGGGCGUGUCAUCCCUGGCGGUGGGAAAGGCGGACGCGAUGUGUGCCCUUAG